AUGUCCUCCGAAGUAAAUGCGAUUGCCAAACCGCCUUCGAGGGAUUCAAGCGAAGAGUCAUACCCUCCAAUCGUACCAGGAGCCUCUCUCCUCUUGGCACUCCGACUAGCCAAUCGACCUAUCCUCUUAAUCGGUGGAGGAGUAGUAGCAUCCCAGAGAUUAUACUUUCUACUCGAAUCAGAUGCUCAUAUAACAAUCAUCUCUCCUGGUCCAUUACAUCCUUCUAUCCAACAUCGCAUCAACGACCCUUCAACCUCAAGUAAGAUAACAUGGUUGGAUCGUCCAUAUCUCGGUAGGAAGGAUGAAAUCAAAGUGAAAGAUUACGAUCUAGUCAUGACUGCUAUAGAUGAUAAUGACCUUUCCAAGGAGACAUGUGAAUUAUGUAGAGAAGAGAAAGUCAUGGUUAACGUUGCGGAUAUUCCACCACAAUGCGAUUUCUAUUUUGGUGCUCAAUUGCGUAAAGGUCCAUUACAGAUUCUCAUCUCUACCGGUGGGCUGGGUCCAAGAUCAGGAGCGAUGAUCAGGGAUUUGAUACUGGAAAAUUUACCGUCGAAUAUAGAAGAUUCAAUCAAAGGGAUUGGAUUAUUAAGAGCGGAUUUGAGAAAGAGAGCUCCUGGCGUGGGAGGAAAGCUAGGUCAGGAGAGGAUGGACUGGAUGAAGGAGGUCAGCGAUACAUGGGGAUUGGACUUGAUGAAAAGGUUCAAUGAUGAGGAGCUAAGGAAGGAGAUCUUAGAUAAAGGCUGGGAAAGUAGGAAGAUCCUGGGACCGGAUGAUCUAGGAGGGAAAAGUAGCUCUUGGACGCAGGCGAUACAGCGUACUCUGGGAACAAUAGAUUGGACAGCAGGUAUAGGUGGAUUUGGUUUGGGUGUAGCUUUCACUUCGCUUGGUUUGAUGCUCCUACAGCGACAAGGGAGAUUAUAA